AUGGAGUGGGUGCGCGGGAAAUGCGUCGGCAAGGGGGCGUUCGGCACGGUGCACGUGGCGGUGGACAGGGCCACCGGGCGGGCCUUCGCGGUGAAGUCGGUGGAGGCCAAGAGCGCGCCGGCGGCGGCCGCGAUGGCGUGCCUCGAGAGCGAGAUAAGGAUCUUGAGGCGCCUCAGCUCGCCAUACGUUGUGGAGUAUCUUGGGGACGACGGGAAUGGGGCGACGACGAGGAAUUUGCAUAUGGAGCUGGUCCUCGGCGGGAGCGCCGCGGAGGCGGCGGUGGCCACGGGAGGACUUGGAGAGGGAGGGGCUCGUGGUAUCUUGCGGCGGGUGGCGGCCGCUCUGCGGUACCUGCACGACGUGGCUGGCGUGGUGCACGGGGACGUCAAGGGGAGGAACGUGCUCGUCGGCUGCGACGGCGGUGGCGCGAAGCUCGCGGAUUUCGGCGCCGCGAGGCUGAUAUCUGACACUGCGGUGCCGCGGGGACCCCGCGGCACGCCGGCUUGGAUGGCGCCGGAGGUGGCACGCGGAGGCACGCCGACGCCGGCGUCGGACGUGUGGUCCCUCGGCUGCACGGCGGUGGAGCUGCUCACCGGGAAGCGGCCGUGGUCGGAGCUCGGGGGCGCCUGCGAGAUCGGCGAGCUGCUCUUCCUCAUCGGCUUCGGCGGGAAGCGCCCCGAGCUCCCCGCGUGCCUCUCCGACUCGUGCGGCGACUUCCUCGACAAGUGCCUCCGCCGCGACGCCGGCGAGCGGUGGAGCUGCGAUCAGCUGCUACGCCAUCCCUUCCUCUCCGCCGCGGACACCCAGGAGCCAUCGCCGUUCCCGUCUCCCCGAGCGGUUCUCGAUUGGGCGGCUUCCAUGUCGGAUUCGGACUCCGACGACUCAAACGGCACGGAGGCAGGCAGCGAGCACGAGGUGAUGGCGCGCGCCAAGGGAAGGCUCGCGGAGUUGGCGUCAAACGCAAGCUGGGGGCGCGAGUGGGAGGCAGGCCCCACCUGGGAGGCGGCCGACACCUGGGCCCCAUUGUCCAGUCCGGAGGCAGUGACGAACACACCCGUCCCAUCCAACCCCGCCGCGGUCGCCGACGCCGGUGGGGCCGCCGCGAUCGCUGGUGGCCGCGGCAGCGUCCUCGCCGUCGCCACCGCCGGCGUCGGCCGUGAUCGCUGUGACAGCCAGUAUGGUGCGUACCCCCAUACUGAAGCGAACACAGAUCCAUGGAACAUGGGUACAGACAGCAUGGUAGUAUUGCAGAUCAAUGGGUACAUGAUGUGCCUGAAGAUGCCAUGGGCGACAGGCAUUCACGAUAACAUGGGGGUGGUGCAAGCACAGAAGCACUACAGCAACAAGUAG